UCUUCCGGAAAUGUGCCACUGCGUCUCUGUGAACCAAGUCAUGAAUUUCCUCGUGUUUAUCUAACUUUAUUUAUGACCCGCUCUGAACGUGAAUGUCUGUGACACGACAUGCACGCCGUAACGCCACCUGACUGACCGCCCGCGAGCAGCCUGGUGGGGUCGCGAGGUCCUGAUGACCCCGCAGGACGGAGGAGAGGAGAUGGGCUCCGUCCGCUGGGCUUUCCGCUGCGGGUCCUCCUGGACCCCGAGCAGGUUCGACUGGCUGUUUGCUGCUCGCUGCAUCCAGCGCGAGGAGAAGGACAGGAUCGGACAGUUUGUGUUUACCAAGGAUGCCAAGUCAGCCAUGGCUGGCCGGCUGCUGCUCAGGAAGUUCAUCUGUGAGAAGAUGGGAAUCCCCUGGUCGGAAAUAAGACUGGAGCGAUCUCCCAGAGGGAAACCUUUCCUGGCUGCACCACUGAAGGUCAGCUCUGAUUCAAGUCGGGCCUGGAGUUUCAACAUUUCUCACCAAGGUGACUAUGCUGUGCUCGCUGCAGAUCAAGGAGUGCAGGUUGGAGUGGACAUCAUGAAAUGCACAAUGCCAGGUAGCAGCUCCGUGCCGGAGUUUUUCCGCAUCAUGACUCGUCAGUUUACAGCGUACGAGUGGAGGAUCAUCCAAUCGGCCGGCUCGGAGCUCCUGCAGCUCGCUGCGUUCUACCGCCACUGGGCCCUGAAGGAGAGCUUCAUCAAAGCCGUCGGCACAGGCCUGGGCUUCAACCUGCAGAGGGUGGAGUUCCACCUGUCGCCUGAGCCGCUCGGCCCGGGCAGGGUGCUGCGUCACACCAAGAUGCAUCUGGAUGAGGAGCAAGAAGACGACUGGAUAUUUGAGGAGAGUUUGCUGGAUGUGGACCACCAUGUCGCCGUUGCACUCGGACCAGCAGACACACCAGGCUGCACAGUCCUUCCCUCGUCACUUCCUCCUCCCGCCACGUUCACCCUGCUGUCGUUCAGCCAGCUCGUCGCCUCGGCGUCGCCUCUGACAGACGAAGACCCCGCCUACUGGGAAGACUUCAAGAUGAAGGCUGAAGCUCCACAGAGACGGAGAGACGCACACAUGCCCACAUAACCCCCUGCCUCAAAACUGACACACACACACCCUCUGAAGGGCUGACAUUGAAGCUUCUUUCCAAUUCAGCUUGAGUCCAGUUAAGUUUAUUCACAAAGCUGAAAAUCCCUGCUCUGUCUCACAGGACUGAGAGGUCCGUACAGCAGAGAAUAUUAUUUUUAGAUCUGCAGGUCUGCUGGAGGAAAGCUGGUCAAAAACACACCUGAUAGUCGGAGUCUUUUACACUGCAUUACUGUACCUGUGAACAUGUAUUCCCUCAGUGUUGGGAAAUAAAAGUGAUCAUGCUGUUUUGUUAAUAAAAGCUUGAAGUGUUCAACUACAGCACUGCCAACAUUUUGUUGAUCAUAAGUGUGGAAGUUUAAUCACAGUUGGUGCCAGAUACACUGCUUAUUCCACUAAAAAAAGCUAUGAAAUGAUUCUUCACAAUAAAUGUCAUAACAUCUGAAAACUUGAUUAUUUCUCUUUAAAUGAUGCCAUGUUUGUCGGGACCAUGCAUGUGUGGGAUGAGCAGUACAGCUGAGCCUCGUGGAUCUGCGCUAAUGAAUAAUUUUGUAAAUUGUAAAAGCUGCAAAUGCAUGUUCCACAUUAUGUGUUUGUUUUACUUUUGGAAAAAAAAGACAAAUUUUAGAUUUAAUCUUUUUUUCAAAAGUGUUGAUCAUUUUCAUGAUUGAUAAUAUGAACAAAUUUUCCAUUGAUCAGCUUUUAUAAUAAAAAACACUGAUGCAAGAAAUACAGUAGGUAUGCAUAGUUUUUUCUGGAUAUUGUAUGUAUAUUUAGAUCUUAAAGUUCAUCGUAUCAUACAUAUGAAUCACGAUCAUGACCAGAUUGUUUGGUGACCUUCUCAUUGUGCUGUGUGAAUGGAUGGAUGUGAAUGUGCACAUGGAGAAAAUGAAAGAUGUUUGACAUCUUUUGACCCUGCGUUAAUAAACAUCUCCUCACCUUCCUGCUCUUUUUGUGG